AUGACUUCCAACAUAGUGGCACCUGCAUUAUCCACUUCUCAAACAGAUUCUCUAUUCUCAAAAAUAUCAUCUAAUGGAAACAAUAAACCAAGACCAUAUUUAAAUGUCCCAAAUGAUAAGCAAACCUAUGGGCAUCAUGAAUUGUUAAACUUAUUAAGUGACUAUUAUUCCAUAGGUGACUUAAUAACAUAUUUAGAAUCACAUCCAGAAUACAUUAAAAUAACCUUACAAUUCCCAGACAAUUUGGUUAUGGAUAGUUCACAUGUCAUUGAACUUCUACAAUCACAUUUCGGCAAUCCAUUAAAUAAAGAUCCUGAUUGUUCUGCUACUAAUGAUAUUGGCUGCUGUAAAAAGGAUAUUAACGAUGACAAAAAUAAUUGUUUUUGCCACAAAAAUGUAAAAAAAGAAUCGAUGGCUAUUGCUAAUAAUAAAAGAAAAUUCUGGGUUUUAGCAGACACGGCCUAUAGUUCAUGUUGUGUUGAUGAAGUGGCUGCAGAGCAUGUUAAAGCUGAUUUAGUUAUCCAUUUCGGUGACUCAUGUCUUAAUGCUAUUCAAAAACUUCCAGUUAUUUACAGUUUUGGUACACCUAAGAUUGAUGUUGAUGAAAUAGUUAAUAAAAUUGUUUGCAAAAUGAAUGAUACUGGAAAUGGGAACCAAAAUGAUAAAAAAAUAUGUCUAAUGGCUGAUGCCCCCCAUACGUAUUGUUUAAAUAAAAUUGCCGGCGAAUUAAUCAAGUUGGGAUUUGCAAACGUUAUAUAUUGUGACAUAAAUUUUGCAUUAUUGCCCGAAAAUUGUAAAGUAGUCGGGUCCUAUUACAACAAGAACAAUAACGGAUUCUCUGAAGCUAAAGAUUCAAAAAAUGAGGGAGAACCAUUAAUCAUAGGGGAAAAUCGUGUUGUUUUUGCACAAAAUCAAGAGGGUUGCUCUUCUAUUGAAGAAUUGGGUGAUUUUAAUUUAUUCCACAUAACAACCCCAGAACCACCACAGUUAUUAUAUUUGACCACUAUUUUCAACAAUGGUGAAAUUAACAUUAUUAAUACCAAUGACGGUGUUUGCACGAUAGAUAAUGGGCCAUUUCCAUCCAUGAUGAAAAGAUAUCGAUAUAUGCACAUGGCUCGUACCGCAGGAACUAUUGGAAUUUUAGUAAACACCUUAUCUUUAAGGAAAACCAAAGAAACCAUAAAUGUUCUAACUAGAAUGAUAAAGGAGCAUGAGAAGAAAUCUUAUUUAUUUGUUGUGGGUAAACCUAACGUAGCCAAAUUAGCAAAUUUUGAAGCUAUUGAUGUGUGGUGUAUUUUAGGUUGUCCACAGGGAGGUAUCAUUGUAGAUACUACCAAUGAAUUUUAUAAACCCAUUAUCACGCCUUAUGAGUUACAAUUAAGCUUGCGUCGUGAGAUAUCGUGGACAGGUAAAUGGAUCACUCCCUUUGAAAAUGUUUUAAGGGAAAUUAAGGAAAAUAAUCCAGAAUACAAUAUUGAUGAUAACACAGACAAUGACGAGCCUGUUUUCAGUGCUGUUACUGGGCAAUAUGUUUCAACCUCUAGACCUUUAAGGCAUAUAGAGCAUUUAGAAAUUGAAUAUCCAAAAACAGACGAAAAAAGUAAUAAUAACACGUUGGUUAAACAAUUCUCAAGUCAAUUAACAAUUAGAAAUACCGUUUCCACUUCUGCAGCCGUCUUACAAAAUAGGCAAUGGACUGGUUUGGGUAGUGAUUUUGUUAAUUCUGAGGAUAAAGAGGAAGAUGGUGCCACAGUUGAGCAAGGUAUUUCUGGUGUUGCCAGAGGAUAUCAGUUUGAUAGAGAUAUUGCAGGUAUAUAA